AGUAAUCAUGAUUCUGAAUAAUGGGCUGUAAUUCAUCUAUGGAUACGAACAGUGUUUUAGAUGAACCUUUGGGUGGUGGUGGUGCUAUUGGUGGUGGAGCUGGUGCCGUUGGUGGAUUAGCUCUGCCACCCUCCCAGUGGCCAUUGUCACAAGCGAAUCAUUCGGAUGUUGUUCGAGAAUUUGUACGUUUAGAUGAGAAAAUAAGUAAAUUGGAAGGUACUUGUCCGGGUCCACGAUUAGCCACGUGUGAAGCAUGGAUAGAACAUCUACAAAGUCGACGCAACGAGCUGUUGGGUCUGGAUUCAAGACUUGUUGAAAAUCCUCUGGCCAAUGGUGGUUUACCAAAACAAAUCACAGCCUCGGCACCAGUAACAUCGUUAAUCGAUCAGACAACCAAUUUACCCUCCCACGUAGCUGUCGACAAUCGUGAAAUGUUCAUUGAUGGCUAUACAUCGGAACAGUCAAUGCCGCAAAACAACAAUAAUGCCGUGGCAUUUUCCGGUAGUGGAGGUGUUAAACAUAGUGACCUGCCAAAUGGUAUUCUGCCCUCGCAUUCCAACAAUUACAAGUCGUCUGCAGUUGGUGGCGGUGGUGGAAUGGUUGGUAAUGGUAUUGGUGCUCCACGUUUAUUCUCCUCUAAUAACAUAGUAGCGAAAACGCCUUCACAGGAUUUAGUUAACUUAGCAUUAAACUUAGGUGUAAUUGUUGAUGUAAACAAGGCUUCCACACAUGAAGAUUUUUUUGCACAACUAAGUGAGUCCGCCAUGCAUCUGAUGGCAUUACGUUGUUAUGCGGAAAUUUUGGAACACACCAAGGUUAGACUGAAAACCCUAAUGGAAAGCUAUGCCGAACUGAAUGAGCUAUAUGUGAAUCAUGAUGGAAUAAUAGCUUUCAUUAGUGGCGGUACUUAUAUGAGCCGUUUGGAGGAAAGUUUAGAUUCUCAAUUGGAGGUGGCACGUGAUGUCAGAGAUAAAUUGGGCAGUACACUGGAACAGUGGCGGAUAUGUGGUCUCUUGCUUAGAGCAUGUGCCAAUUCUGCAACACAAAGUCUCAAACAGUGGCGUAAACUAAAAACAAUUGUAAAUCCGAAGGAUAAAAUUGAAACUGCAUUGGCUUGCCGCAAAGAUUUACAAGCUUCCUUGGUGUCGUUGGAAUGUGCUCAGCUGUCGUUGCCACACGUGGAAAUAAAAUAUACCAGUAAUCGUCAAAUUUUAGCAGUUAAACACUGCAAUACCUAUAUGAUUACCGAUAUUGCCAAUGUAGCACGUUACGAACACACAACUAAAGUAUUUGUCUCCUAUGAAUCGAAUAUAUCGAAGGCGUCAGCAUGGCUUUAUGAGACAUUUAAUAAGACUUUGAGACAAGAUUUUGAACGAGCUGAAGAAAGAGUUAAAACAUUGGCUAAAAAUUUACGUGAUCAUCGAGAGGAAAUCUUUACAAUGGCUAGAAAAUAG